AUGGUGCCAAAGUGUGUCUUCUCCAUUUACGCCAUAUCCUGCGCGCUUCUGUUUCUCUCUUGGAACAUCGGAGAUGUGAACGCUCAACUACCAAAGAGAGGACGUGUAAAUGAGCUCAUAAGAAGGUUCGAGGUUCAGGGAAGCGAAGACAGACAAAGGAGAGACUCGAAUGAAAAUAGAUCAUUCGAAGGAGGUUCACAAGGGAUGAGACACCCCUUCAAUAGAGGACAAAACACUGCUUUCUAUGACGAACCGCAGCCAGGGACAUCAUACGAUCCCUUGCCUAGAAGUGGUGCCCUUCCCACAGAUAAGAGAUCAUUCAGCGUAGACGACUAUUCGGAGGAUGACUCUGACGAGGAUAAUGACUUCGAUGGUAACCUCGGAAAUGACUACCGACGUGACUAUCGCAACAAUCAGCAGCAUCAGCGUGGCAGCUCUCAUCAAAUGAGGCAAACAUACGACCAAGGAGAGGAAGAUGACAGAGACUCUAUAAGGUAUGGCAACCGAGAUGGCUACUCGGAUGAGGAACCUUCUCGAAGAGAGAAAGGUGGCAGGAGCCCCAAUGGUAAUCUCAAUUUAGGCAAAGAUUUCGAAGAUUUUAAUAAAAGGUUAGGACUCAGCAUGGACGAUUACAUGAGCGAUACAGCGGACGAUUCGUUGGGCAGCUCACAUAGCAGUAGUGAUGGUCGAAGUAACGAAUCGAAUGGAUAUGAUGACAACAGGUUCUCCAUUUAUGACGACAUUCAGUUUGUACCACGAAGAAACAAUAGACAGCCAAAUGAUCAUGUGGAACUUUCAAGGACGGAUGGAAGACGAAAUGCUAUACAUCAGAGAAGUGACAGUAGUGAAGAUGUAUCACCCUCCCGUGAAAGUGAAAGAGUGAGGCAUCCGAGCAGUGAUGAGUAUGACUAUGCGUAUGGAAGGAAUGGCUCGAAUAGGUCAUCACCUCUCAAUCUUUAUUCUUACCCAGAGGAGGACUCCAGCCGAGGGAUACUUCCUCCAACGGGGAACAGAAAAUCAAUGAGUAGCCCAAGUUUACUCCUACGGGACGAUUAUAGUAAGCCUUUAGACAAUUAUACAGAUAGUUACGACUCCGGGGAGCACAUUUAUGAGGCAAUCCCCGGAGAGGGGAAAUACGAGGAUGAAAUAAAUGGAAGAAGACAGAUACGAGAGUCCGGUUCGUUGGAUAAGGCUGCACACCUGAAUCGUAAAGAAAUAUUGCCAAUCAGAGGGAUUAAAAAAUCCGCUUCGUCUUAUGAGCCAGAGCGCAGAAGAAGUAAGAUGAAUGAUUUUUUCAACAAAUUUAGGAAAAGCAAGAACGUGGACCUACCUAAAGGGGGGUCCCGUGGAUCCCAAGGCUUUUCUAAAGAAGUGCACACGCAGGAGGUUUCAAAAAAUGACAGGCAAGAUGCGAUGACACCGAGUGCAAUCACCCUGCUUAGCAACUACCAGAGGAAUUUUUUUCUGCAGAAAUAUAGCAAACCGUCUGGCAAGGUCGGCGGAAAUGUCAAUGGAAGUGCCAGUAGUAGCACUGGCGUAAAAGGCCUCUUUUCACGAAGUGGGAAGGAAGAUGGGCUGUCUAUAACGGGAGAGUUACAAAUGGCCGCAAAACAGUGCAUAGCCAAAAAUACGAGUAAGCUAAGCGGGCUCGUGCUCAUGAAGAACUUAGCUUUUAACGAUCCAGAACUGGUAAAGAAUUAUGGAUACGCCGUUUCGUCCAUUUCGGAUAAUUGCAAGAAUGGCGUCGCUGGCUGUUUGGACAUGAGGCCCAUGAUAUAUAAGGAAGAAGAUCCGGACGCAGUCAGCAUAGUCCCUACAUUACCUAACAUAUACAUAUUGAGUACCUAUGAGUAUCUACUAACGAAUUUGAGAAUGUGUGGGUCGUUAAGAACGAUGGUAAAGAAUAGGGUAAAGGAGAAUAAGCUGACCCCGACGGACAUCGUCCUUAUGCUGUCUAGCGAGUACUUCAAAGGUUCGGUGAACAGAACUUUGGUUAAAUACUUGAUAUCUUUCCUUAUGAGGAAGAGGGUAAUGGAUCUGGAGAAGUAUUUCCUCGCGGUUGUUAUUUCCUUUACCCCUUUCAUCAAGCCCGCACUGAAAAUGUACUUUGGUGAGCGUUACGCCAAGUUAAGUACGUAUACCCUAGACGCAGAAGUGAACAAAAUGAUCGGCGAAAUGUUGGAUGUAGCCCUCCGCUGGACUCAGGCAUUUCAAAGGAAGUUCUCAGACGAAAGCAAUAGGAUUCUCUUGAAGGUGCACAGAAGGUUAGCGGGUUAUUCUAAAAGCAGAAAUAGGAGGUUGCCCCGGAAAUUCAGGACCUUGGAGGCGCUCCUUCUUAGACAGAAGGUGGCCAGCGACGUGGUCAGUAACCAGGACCAAGGGUUCCGGCUCCUAAUCCAUCAGGUUUUGAAAUACGUGCAGAAUUUGCCCGUCAGCGUUCUGGAGUAG